AUGCAGCGCCCAGUCACGGAGCUGAGCCAUGCUGCACCAGUGACUCCCGCCGUCACCGCGCGAGGCAGACGUGGCCCCACCGUGGCCGCGACUGGGGGCGUAAACGUCCCUGCUGCUGCGCCUGCACCAGCCCCAGCCAUGAACGCGGCAAUGGCUGCUCGCCUUCGCGCCCGCGAGCUGGAGAUAGUCGAGCUCAACGCCCGUCUCCGCGAGGCACGCCGUACGGCCACCAACAACAUUGCGGAAGGGGAUGCUGACAUCCAAGGGCCUGGCACGUUUCAGCUGCUCGCAUGGCAUGUUCACAACGGCCUACCCUUCGCGGCCGACUCAUUUGAGAGGGGUAUCUACAAGUCUUUCCGCCGCGCCAGCCCUCCCCCUCUUGUCCUGCGGACCUAUGUCAUAGCCUUCUGGCUUUACGGGGUGGAGUAUCCGCUGAUCAACGGCACACAGAUGCCACGGUCGGUGCCGCGGAACGAGGAGGCGGUGCGCUGGUACCACGAUCGCGUGGUCGAGUGGGCCCGUCGGAGCAUUAUGGCGAGCACUGCGGCUACUGGGCCGUGGUGGGACCCUAAUGCCCGUGCGUGGGCAUUUCGCCAGGGCAGCUCUGUUAUUAUCUCCGAGGACGGGCUGGAGGACAUUUCACCGCUGGCUCCACCCCUUCACCCGUUUCCGGCCCCCGCGGUCGCAGAUGAUGGCGACAAUGACGAGCCCGAUACCUAG